AUGAAUCUUCAGAAUGAUGGUUUGUCUGUGCAGUGGUAUUUAAGACCUAAGCCGGUGGGUAAAGUGAAGCGACGUGUUCAAGAGAUGAGAUACCACUCUACCCAGAUGGCUACCAUCGACCUGAGUCAUAACGAGAGCGCUCGAUUCGCCACGGAUGCUCUCAUGAACCAAGGACUGAGGGCUUACCAAGAAGUACUGGCCCAAGAAGGUGAGGUGGAUCACCUGUCAAAGGAGGAGAAGUUCUACAUCUUGGGAAAUACAAAAGACCCUGAACCUCCUGAUGCAAAAGAGCAAGAGAAAGACCAGGAGGUGACUACCGCUUGUUCAGAUUCAUCACAAACAUAUUUUCCUGCCAUGUCAGAAAGCGAACCACCAAUUCUGGAUUAUGGAUGGCCGGUUGCAGACUGGAGUUACCACUUGCAGGGCAUGCCGAGUGUGGAAGUGUUUUUUCAGUCAGACAGAGAGAUUUGUAUGAAAGAUACGCAACGAGAAUUUAUCAGAAAAGCCACAACCGUUCUGGCAAUUGUAAUGGACAUCUUCAGUGAUGUGGAAAUGUUCUGUGAUGUAUUGGAAGCAACAAGAAAACGCAAUGUUUCUGUCUAUCUUCUACUGGAUCAGAUGAAUUUGCAUGUUUUUAUGGAUAUGUGUGAAAAUUUACAGAUCAACAACUCUCAUCUAACUAAGAUGUCAGUUCGUAGUAUAGCUGGAGAAACAUACUGUGCAAAAUCUGGAAGGAAGUUUACAGGCCAGAUCAAAGAGAAGUUCAUCAUUGCUGACUGCACCCAGGUGCUUGUAAGCUCUUAUAGCUUCACCUGGCUGUCCUGGCAAGUCAACAGAGGUCUGGCAAUGCUCAUUAAAGGCUGUGGGGUCAAGCCCUUUGACCUAGAAUUCCGGAGACUUUAUGCAAUCUCUAAACCGGUGCCAGGCUUCCCUACGAAAACAGAUUCGCUCAACCUAAAUCAGCCGCUCAUCUCUGAGCAGUUACAGACUGUACAUUCUGAUCAUCUGGAUAAUCCUCAUGCCCAAAGCACUGCGCUGCCCACAGAUCAGAGAGCCCUUGGUCCAACCCAUCUCACAGGAACAGCAAACAACCAGCAGAACUUCAGCAUGGGACUCCCCAGUAGUCACUGGCUUCCCCAGAGACACACAACCCGCUGGCCCAUCAUACGACAGAGGUCCUUCUCUAAAGAUUAUGAUUCUGGAACCUUUCUUAGACGCCCUGUGAACCUCUACCCGCACACGUAUGGAGCACCCGGUCUGGCUGGCACUCUGUUUUCAGCUACCAAAUAA